GUAAGAAUCACAGAGCAUCUCUGAGGAAACUUGCUGCCGAGAAGGACAUUUUGAAGGUUUUGCUGGCUAGUAGAGGUGUUCCUGGAAUCUCACUCCUAGAUCUUUCUUGAAGAUUUGAAAAAAAUUAGUUUAAGGCAAUGGGGACACAGAAGGUCACCCCACCUCUGAUCUUUGCCGUCGCCGUAGCUACAAUAGGCUCUUUCCAGUAUGGCUACAACACUGGAGUCAUCAAUGCUCCUGAGAAUAUCAUAAAAAACUUUCUCAAUUACACUAUUAAAGAGAGGUCAAAGGACUCUCCCUCUGAGGUAUUGCUCACGACCCUCUGGUCGGUGGCUGUGGCCAUUUUCUCUGUUGGUGGUAUGAUUGGCUCCUUUUCCGUUGGACUCUUCGCCAACCGCUUUGGCAGGCGCAAUUCAAUGCUUAUUGUCAACCUAUUGGCCAUUGUAGGUGGCUGCCUUAUGGGAUUCUGUAAAUUAGCUAAGUCGUUUGAAAUGCUGAUCCUGGGCCGCUUGGUUAUUGGCAUCUUCUGUGGACUCUGCACAGGUUUUGUGCCCAUGUACAUUGGAGAGAUAUCUCCUACUGCCCUACGGGGUGCCUUUGGUACUCUCAAUCAGCUGGGCAUCGUCAUCGGGAUUCUGGUGGCCCAGAUCUUUGGUCUGGAAGUCAUUCUGGGGUCUGAAAAGCUCUGGCCCAUACUUUUGGGCUUUACCAUCAUUCCAUCUGUCCUACAAAGUGCAGCCCUUCCAUUUUGCCCUGAAAGCCCUAGAUUCUUGCUCAUUAACAGAAAGGAAGAGGAGAAUGCUAAGGAGAUCCUCCAGCGGUUGUGGGGCACCCAGGAUGUGUCCCAGGACAUCCAGGAAAUGCAAGAUGAGAGUGCAAGGAUGUCACAAGAAAAGCAAGUCACUGUGCUGGAGCUCUUUAGAACCCCGAGCUACCGACAGCCCAUCCUCAUUUCCAUCGUGCUCCAGCUCUCUCAGCAGCUCUCUGGGAUCAAUGCUGUGUUCUAUUAUUCAACAGGAAUCUUCCAAGGUGCAGGUGUUGAGGAGCCAAUCUAUGCCACCAUUGGUGCGGGUGUGGUUAAUACUAUCUUCACUGUAAUUUCUCUGUUUCUGGUGGAAAGGGCAGGAAGAAGAACUCUACAUAUGAUAGGCCUUGGCGGGAUGGCUUUUUGUUCCAUCCUCAUGACUGUUUCUUUGUUAUUAAAGAGUGAAUAUAAUGGGAUGAACUAUGUCUGCAUUGCAGCUGUCUUGAUCUUUGUGGCUUUCUUUGAAGUUGGACCAGGCCCCAUUCCCUGGUUUAUUGUGGCUGAACUCUUCAGCCAGGGACCCCGCCCAGCUGCAAUGGCAGUGGCUGGUUGUUCCAACUGGACCUCCAACUUUUUGGUUGGACUGCUCUUCCCUUCAGCUAUAUUCUAUUUAGGAGCCUACGUUUUUAUUGUCUUCACUGGCUUCCUCGUUAUCUUCUUGGUCUUCACCUUCUUCAAAGUCCCAGAGACCCGUGGCAGGACUUUUGAGGACAUUACACGGGGCUUUGAAGGGCAGGCACAGGAGACCAGUAGAUCUGGGAAAGGCCCCAUUAUGGAGAUGAACAGCAUCCAGCCUGUUAAGGAGUCCACCACCAAUGUCUAAGUCAUGCCUCCUUCCACCUCCCUCCCAGCAUGGAAAAGCAACUUCUCCCUACAUGAGGGAGAGACCUCAUCAGGAUGAAACCAGGACUGCUUCUGACUGCUGCUACUUGAUUCCUUUCUCAUCUCACACACUCCACGAGCACUAAGAUUAACCCAGUGCUGGGACUGGAUUUUCACUGGUUUUUAAAAUAUUUAAUUUCUUGGACAUUCUCUUCUAUUUAGGAGAGACCAAGUGAACCUACCUCCAUUUCAGGAGGGAUUGGCCACUUGGCAUGUGACAACUUUGCCAGCUCUUCUUCCCUUAGCUUCUAAUAUUGCCCCACCAGGGCAUACAGGGAGUAAGAGGGCGCAGUUCCCCCAACUCAGACUUACCAGGAAGCAGAUAGACACAAGUGUGGAGCGGAGAGAGGGAUUAAAUAAGAGAGCACCUUCCUUACUUCCAUACAGCUUUGAACAGCAAAUUAACUUGAGUUUUAUUUAUUUUACCUUCUGGUUUUAUUGCAUAAGUGUUUAUUUUUUUAAGUGCAAAGUAAUUGUACCAAAUAAUGAAAAUAUAAGAAAAUUGAGGUUAGAGGGAGGUGUUUAAAGAGAGGUUAUAGGGUAGAAGAAGAUUUGAUACUGGAGAGGUUAAAGUGUAAUAAGAAGGAAAGAAUUUAGGGGGGAAAGCGGUUUGUUAUUGGAGGGUAUAUGGUGUGGUGCCUGAGGUUUGCACAUUGCCUCUUAACAAUUUCUUUCCUUCAGAUGGAAACUUUUAAGUUUAAUUUCUCAGAAAGUCAUGUGCCUAUAUAAAAAGCUACUGAUUUCCUUUGGGUCUUUUUUCUUUAAGACAGUAGUUUCUAUAUGUAGUAUUGCUUGAAAUCUAGGAUUGUUACUGAGAUGGGCAUUGUAGUUCAUGGCGGCUGAUGAGUUCUAAUUUUGGAUGAAGUCCAGAGGAAGGAAGAUUAUUUCUAGAAAACCUCUCCCCCUCACUGUACCGAACAAUUCCUUCCCCAUGUAGUGGACUCACAUUUUUUAAGUAUUCUCACUACCCAUCUGGUGGGAGAGACCUUCAAAUGAGAAACCUGAAAUAAAUGGUUUUUUGGUGGAGGUUUGGUAUUUCUCUUUUAUUUUUUAGGAGAUUUUAGGUGUUGAUUUUCAUUUUGUUUUAACCUGUAGCUUUAAGGGAAUUCAGAGGAGAACGUUCAUAGCUAAGUUGGAAUUUACAACUUUGGCUCUGGGAGAGGAUUUUUCCUGAACGAUUAUCAUCUAGUUUUAAGUAUGUUGUUUUAGGGUCAUGGCAUGCUUGUCUAUGUCUGUUACCAUGUCAAGUUAACCUUUGUUACCAUGUUACUGUGGUACUAUUGUCAGGUGCUCUUAGGGGCUUGAAUCUUCCCAGUAGACCACAUUUGAGACAGUACGAGCCACACUUGAGCUGAUGAAUGUAUGUGCACUGCCACUUUGCUGUGAGUGGAAGUAGUUUGUUUGCAGCUUGUUUCCUCUGUGUUCCUACAGCCCCCUUUUGGAUAGAAUGUAUUAGUACUCAUCCCUAUGUCUAUAAAUAGCACUGCCUCUGCUGGGUGGAGUUUGCACACAGAACUCUAGAAUUCAGACUCAUCUGGCUACCUUUUCCUGUUGGAAAGUGGUGCGGAGAACUUCCUUCAAUCUUGAGGUUGAGGGUGGACGGCUCAGCCUCACUCCAGAUUCAGACAAUGGGAAUGGGAAGGAGAGUAGGAGCUCAGGGCAUUUGGCCUCAUGGGGGCCCCAGAGGACGACUGAGGGAGAGAGGGAGGCAUGUUUUAAGGGGAUAAGAAGCAGACAGAAGACUUGAUUUUAACACUGGAGCAUUUCAGAGGGUUAGAGGAGAUGGAGGGAUUUGCUCCUGUCACAGGUCAGGGACACCUCCACAGUCAUCAUCUAGUUUCCCACUAUUUUUAUAGAUGGAAAAUUGGGUCCUCAUGACACUCACCCUCUCUUCCCAUUUUCAAUAUGUUGCUUGAUCUCCCUUUCCCUCCUUGGUGCUUACCCAUUUCAGACCCUUUAGACAAACCCUUGCAGUAUGUUAGUUUUCAGUUCUCACCAUUCUCUCUGGUGGUUGAGCUUUUGGAUAAAAACUCACAUAGCAAUGGAGUGGAGCUUUGUUGAAAAAGGUACUUUCCUCUUAUCUAAUUGUACCUCUACUUUGGCUCCUCAAACAGGGAUGGCAGUAAUGCAGGAGAGAAGUUGUCCCAUUUCUCAAUGAGCAGGUUGUGAAUAUUUCCAUAUGGAUUUUCUAUUAUUAAUUUUA